AUGGCUCCCUUCUCGUGGGCGCGGAACCUUGCCAGUGCUUUUUCCUUGCGUAUUUCUUCCCCUUUCUACUCAUCUAAGGCUUAUAAGUUUAAUUUGGAAAGCACCGUUUGGGUGGCUCUUUGGUUCCGUCGUGAAAUGGUCUUUCCACCUAUCGUACUUCUGGGCCUCUUUAAUGGCCAAGGGCUGAACCUGACGUCCCCCGAGGUCUACGUUCUUCUGCGAAUCACGCCGGGCGAGGAAUUUGUCAAGUGCAUCAUGCGCGACGGGCGAAUGCAGGGAGCGCUAUUGAUAGGCGAGACUGAUCUAGAGGAGACAUUUGAAAACCUCAUUCUCAGUCAGAUCGACCUCUCACAAUUUGGUGAACGCCUCCUCGAUCCCAACAUCGACAUUUCAGACUACUUCGAAUAA